AUGGGCUCUGGGCCGCGCGGGGCGCUGAGCCUGCUGCUCCUGCUGCUCGCGCCGCCCCGCUGCCCCGCCGCGGGCUGCCCGGCACCGUGUGACUGCGCGGGGACGCGCGUGGAUUGCGGGCGCCGCGGGCUGACGUGGGCCUCGCUGCCCGCCGCCUUCCCGCCGGACACGACCGAGCUGGUGCUGACGGGCAACAAUCUGACGGCGCUGCCGCCGGGACUGCUGGACGCGCUGCCCGUGCUGCGCACCGCGCACCUGGGCGCCAACCCGUGGCGCUGCGACUGCCACCUGGUGCCGCUGCGCGCCUGGCUGGCCGGCCGGCCGGAGCGCGCGCCCUACCGCGACCUGCGCUGCGCCGCGCCCCCCGCUCUGCGCGGCCGCCUGCUGCCCUACCUGGCGGAGGACGAGCUGCGCGCCGCCUGUGCGCCGGGCGCGCUCUGCUGGGGGGCGCUGGCGGCGCAGCUCCUGCUGCUGGGCCUCGGGCUGCUGCACGCGCUGCUGCUGACGCUGCUGCUGUGCCGCCUGCGCCGCCUGCGCGCCCGCGCCCGCGCCCGCGCCGCGCACCCGUUGUCGCUGACGGCCCCGCUGGUGGCGGAGGCGGCCGGGGCCAGCGAGUCUCGAGAGGAGUCCUGAGAAGCGCGGAGCGACGCGGGCGCGCCGACCCGACGGAACCCUCCCGCGGGGGCCCCUGGCGCCAACGGGGGCCGGGUCUCGUCCUCCGCCUGGGCACGAUUGCCGAGAGCCCGUCGCCACCCCCCCAACCCCCGGCUGCAGGCCCCGGGCCGAGCGCGCCCCACUGCUGCGUGCCCGCCGCUUCGGCCCCGGGCCGCAGAGCCAGGGCAGGGGCGGUGAGCUGCAGCCCACCGCGCCUGCGGGGGUUCGCCCGCACCCCCGCGCCAAACCCCAGCGCAGA